UGUUUGGAAACCAUUCUAAUGCAUUGUAAGCUGUUGUAAACUAAAAAUCCAGGAUGGGUAUUAAAGGAUUAACUAAAUUCAUAAGCAAUCGCUCAGAUCAUUACCUAGAAUAUUACGAAUUACAUGAUACGUAUUUGGUAAUUGAUGGUGACAGUAUUUGCUUUCAACUAUAUAAUUCGUAUGCGAACUGUAAUUGCAUUUUUGGCGGCGAUUAUGAUAAGUAUGCACAAUGUGUAUCAGAUUUCUUUGAUAAUCUGUUAAAAUGUAACAUAACGCCAUUGGUUUUAUUUGAUGGGGCUUAUGAGAAUAGGAAAAUGAAAACUAUUAUAUACAGAACUAGGCAAAGGAUCCGUACAGCAUCAUCUUUUUGCCCUCUCAGUCAACGGAGAAUGAAAUUUUUCCCUCUAUUUUUAACCAAAGUUUUCAAAAAUGUUUUGAAAGAGAAAAAUAUUCGUUACAUGCAAUGUUUAUUAGAGGCUGAUAAUGCUAUAGCCUCGGUGGCAAAAAUUUUGAAUUGUCCUGUAUUCAGCUAUGAUUCUGACUUCUACAUAUAUGGAUCAUUAUAUAUACCAUUUAAUACAGUAGAUAAUUAUGCAACCAAAAGUGGAACAGGAAAAGGCUAUGUGAUAUGCUGUAAAAUUUAUAGAACUGAGCGCUUAUUGAAUUCUUUUAAAGGUUUAGAUGAAUCAAUGUUACCACUGGCAGCGAUACUCUUGGGUAACGAUUAUGUAAACCGUUCUACAUUUAGAAACUUCUUUUAUCAUUUAAAACUACAUGGAGUAUCAAGGAGUACACAUAAUAUCCAGCAACGUCGUAUAGAAAAAACCUUCAUUUGGUUAAGCAAAUAUACAUUGGACAAAGCUGUUGCUGGAAUUUUAAGUACAUUAGAUAAGCCUAUACGACAAAGAAUACUACACUUAAUAGAGACUAACAUAAACAGUUACAUAAAUGUAUCUACUGAAAUACUUACUCCAUUAGGUUUCCCAAAAGACUAUGUUGCCCAAGUAAAUAGCCAUCAUUUAAAUAGAAUUUUCAAAUAUAAUGGAGAUAUUAAUAGCUUAACAUAUAUAGAAGAAAUUGGUGAAAAAGAUGGCAUUGACACAAGUGAAGAAGAGGAAGAAGAAGAAAUUGAAAUAAUGAAUGAGUCUGAAUCAAUGUCCAGUAAUGCACUUGUUAGUAAUUUACCUGUAUGGUUUAUAAAUGAAUUUCUAAUGGCUGAACAAGAGUCAUAUUUACUGGACUUAAUAAUUCGAGGUUUAUAUAUUUGUUAUGUACAAAUAGAGGAUUACAAUUAUUCUUCGAGCAUUAUGAUAUGUUCAAGAAUUAUUAACGUUAUAUUUGCACUUCUAAAAUCAGCAGUAAAUGAUGAAGUACAUCAUAUGAGCUAUAUGACCAGAGAUGAAAAUGAAGCCAAUUUACUGGCACGUUUUGUAUUAGAAUGUACAGGAAGUAUAGUUUCUUGUGCACUUCCAUCUUUGGCUAAUCUAAGAGAAGUUCCAUUAACUAUUAGAAGAGAGAUUUUAAAUGAUACAUUAGAAGUUUCAGAUAUGAAACAUAUAAAUGAAUUUCCAUCAGAAUGGAUAUUAUAUAUAAUGUGUAUAAAAUAUUGGAUGAAGCACCCUAAUCCUUCCAGAUUAUUUAAUAGUUGUACAUACUCCCUUUAUGUCUGUAUGUUAUUUCAUAUAAUAGACAUAAAAAUAGGGAAAUAUAGAGAUUUACACGAUUUUCAACGUAAAUAUAGUAACAGACUUCAGGCUAUAGAAGAGAAAAGAAAAGCAAAUGGUUAUAAACCAAAUUAUUCAAUGAAUAUUACAAUUACUAAAGCCCUUAAUGAAGUCGAUCCUGAUGAUUGUAUACUGGCAGCACCUUUUUUCAUUUCUCAUUUUAAAAUGGAUACAACAUUAUAUUCAAAUCCAAAGAAAUUUAAUAAAUUUAUAGUUCACAUAUUUGCAGAGUUUCAAAAUUGUUUAAAACAUGGUAUGGAUUUGAAUACACUUUUAGGAAAGCCUUAUCCACCGGCUAAUAUUGCUAAUUUAUAUAAUGGUACCUUACUAUACAAUUUAUCUACUAAUUUUCAAGCACAGGAUGAUAUUGAAAGAUAUAUAAAUACUGUGUUUCAUAAAUCACAAAGCCUUUUAAGGGUCUUUAAUAUAUUUUUGGUGAAAAUAAAACAGAAAGCUAAAUCUCGCAGAAAGCAUAAACGGUCCAAAAUGAAAUCAAAACUUGGAUAAAGUUCAUGAUCCAAAUAAUCGAUUUUGUUCAUUUACUUUAAACUAAAUACUUUACUGUAAAUACUUUUUAUAUUUUAUAUAAAAGUUGAAACCCUACGAGUUGUAUGUAUAUGCAUAUGUAAUGUAACAAAGCGAGUGUAAAGUAAGAAUAAAUUAAAGAUUUAUCGGUGUACAAA